CCCUGGGGGCGGCUGCCGAGGGACUCCCGCCCCCUCCUGUCCCGUCCCUUCCCAUCCCGAUGUCUGCGCUGUCCUAAUACCGCCGAGCUUUAAGUUUAACCCCUUGGUUCACGCUGUGCCUCACGACUCAAACCUUACUCUUCACCCAUCGGAAAUCCAUAACUUGUUUCAUUUUUGUGGUGCCAUUCCCCGCGUUAGGGCCUCCAGGCCUUAGGAGCGUUCUUGUAGCAUCGCUCCGAGCGUUUUAAUUUCCACGUGAGAAACUGAGGGGCGCGAGGUUGGGUUAUUGUCAAUUGCAUUUCAUUUGAUCAUAUCUCCUUUCAAGAGCCUUUCGUUUCUGUUUGGCAGGAUCCCGUUUCCCUUCCCCAAAGGAAAUUUCAUGUCCUUUGGGGAAGGGAAACUAAAUCUUGUGAUUUCAAUGAGGAUCAAUUCGGCAAGCUUUGGUGCAAGUCCCUGCACUUGAUGGCAUGCCAUGCCUUUUGAUGGCUUUCACUAUACCCGAGAAUUUUUUUUUUUUAAGUGUCUUUGUCAUGUCCCUCAUAUCUUCCCCUCCAAGUUGAGUCUUCCUCCUUGUUUUAUUUCCCUGCUUUUGCAACAUCUGUGAAGUAUGUUUUGGCCUCUUUUGGUCCUUUGCACUGCAUCUGAUGUAAUCCCCGUCCAUUUUCUUGUAGUCACUAAAUUUCCCCAAUUUUUUUUUUUCUUCCUUCAAUUUCAUUUCCCUAGGUGGUAUCUCCAUUCCAGAGUGUUGGAUGUUGCAGACAAGGUGGUUCUUUUGGAUCUUUCUGAAGGUGCAGCAAAAGGAGGGACCAUGGAUUUGGAGAUUUUUGCUGUGCCAAAUGUGGAGAUCAGCAAAGAUUUUUCUGCUUCAGCUGAUUCCCAAGUUGUGGUGCUUGCAGUUAAUUCUCUGGGUAAUGCUCAGACUUACCUCGAUGUCAUACAAAGCAAUGUGGAUUUGUUCAGAGGAAUUAUUCCAGCAGUCCACUACAGUCAGAAUGCUGUUCUCCUUGCUUCUCAUCCAGUUGAAGUCAUGACAUUUGUGUCGUGGAAGCUGAGCUUAUUUCCCAAAAGCAGAGUAAUUGGAGUUGGUGCCAACCUUGAUUCAGAGGGAUUUCAGUACAUUCUGACCAACCUUUUGAAAGCAAAGGUGCUGGCAAAAGAUGCCUGGGUUAUUGGUGAACAAGGAGAAGACAAAGCACCACCAUGGACCAGCUGUAAUGCAGCUGCAAAUCAAACAGAAGCAAUGGCUGCUUGUAACUGAAGGGAAAAGGUGGCUCACACAGCUAUGGAAAUCCUAAAGGGAAAAGGUCAGAGAUCUUGGUCUGUUGGGCUCUGAGUUGCUGAUUUGGUUGACAGCAUUCUGAAAGAUAAAAGAAAGGUUCAUUCUGUAUCCACUCUGGCAAAGAAUCUGCAUGGGAUCAACAUUUGA